AUGCUCUCCAGAAAUUUGUCGAAAUGCACACGCAUGUUCAGCACUACCAACAAGGCAAUGUCUACGGGAAUCGACUUCAACUUGACCGCUGACCAAACAGAAUUCCGUGCAAACGUUCGCAAGUUUGUCGCCGAUGAGGUCAUUCCAGUUGCCGCUGAAUACGACAGAACUAUGGAGUACCCAUGGCCAAUCAUCAAGAAGGCUCAUGCUCAAGGAUACCUCAUCGCCGAUAUUCCAGAAGCUUACGGAGGACUUGGAGUAGACAUGGUCUCCAACUGUAUCAUCAGCGAGGAGAUGGCCUAUGGAUGCUCGGGAAUCGCCACUGCUAUCAUGGCCAACGAUCUCGCUCUCACACCACUCAUCUUGUGCGCCAAUGAUGAUAUCAAGAAGAGAUUCUUGGGAAGAAUGGUUGAGAACCCCUUCGUUGCCUCCUAUGCAGUCACUGAACCAGGAGCUGGAUCCGACGUCGCCGGAAUCAAGACAAAGUGCGAGAAGAAAGGAGACGAGUACAUUCUUAAUGGUUCCAAGAUGUGGAUCACAAAUGCUGGACACGCUAACUGGUUCUUUGUGCUUGCCCGUUCGGAUCCAAACCCAAAAACUCCAGCAGGAAAAGCCUUCACCGCCUUCGUCGUCGAGGGAGACUCCCCAGGACUUACCAGAGGCAGAAAGGAAAUCAACAUGGGACAAAGAUGCUCAGACACCCGUGGUCUCACUUUUGAAGAUGUCCGUGUCCCAGCUGCCAACGUCGUCGGAGCUCCAGGAGAGGGAUUUAAGGUUGCUAUGAAGACCUUUGACAAGACUCGUCCAACAGUCGCCGCGUUGGCCACCGGAGUCACCUACCGCUGCUUAGACGUCGCCACACAGUAUUCUCUGGAGAGAAAGGCGUUUGGAACUCAAAUUGCCAACCAUCAAGGAGUCUCUUUCCUUCUUGCCGAGAUGGCCAUCAACGCAGAAUUGGCUAGACUGAUGACUUACAAGAGUGGUGCUGAGGUUGACGCCGGCCGUCCAGGCUCCUACUACGCUUCCAUUGCCAAACUCUUUGCCUCGGAUGCUGUCAACCAAGCCGCCACCAACGCUGUCCAAGUCUUCGGAGGUGCCGGAUUCAACACUGAAUACCCAGCUGAGAAACUGAUGCGUGACGCCAAGAUCUUCCAAAUCUACGAGGGAACUUCUCAGAUCCAACGCAUGGUUAUUGCUCGUCAAUUGCUCGCUCGGGUUGCUCAAAACGGAGGAUAUUAA